AAUUCAAGUUUGAUGCUAGCAGCAGUCUUCCACUCCUGGUGAAUGCAUGGAUCUUUUUGUUUGCCUCAUUGUUCGUUUGGUGAAUUUGCUAUUUUUGUGGGAUUUUUUUGUUGGUCCAACGUGGUCAGACAACAAAGUGUGAACAAAAGAGACAGAAAAGAUAGAGGCAGGAUGAGGGUGCUUCUGUCUUUAACUAUACCAAAGGUACUCAGUGUAUGUAUAUGCUGUCUAUUUAUGGAGUUUCCAGCUUAGUUUUACAGUACUUGUUUCUUUUCAACCCCAAGAGUUUGUAUUUCUUUGGUGCAGUGAUGAGAGCCUUCUUGAUCACAGGUUGCUUUUGGCCUGACAGGCCCAAAGUCAAAGCUCCAUGUUGCCAUCUUUUCUGGAAGACCUUGAAGUCUUUAUGAUGUUAUCAGAAUUGGGAUUUUUUAGCCAGCACUUCAUGUUUCUAUCCAAACCGUCAAAUUAUGCAUUUUUCAUUGAAGUUCUCCCCAGCUACUUGUGCACCUCCUCAGUGGCAGAGCAUGGGAAACUGAAAAGUCCUUGGUUUAAAGUAAGCACUGCUUAACCACAACCAACACAUUGGUGUGUUGCCAGCAUUAUUGGCACACUAGUCCAAAACACAGUGUUGUCCCAGCUACUAGGAUGAGCAUUAAUGCUCUCCCAGCUGCUGAGGUUUGGAAUAUUAGUGUUUUCUUUUUCCUGUAGCUAUCUAGAAGGUGUACAAAUCCUAGUUUAUUUACAUUCCCAUCUCUUAGGUACUUUGAGUAUGUAACAACUCAUUUUUCCUCAUUAAAGAGAAAUAUCCUGGAGACCAUCUGGCAAUGGCUAAGAACUGAAUAUCUCAAACCUCAGCUUUUGUUAGAUAAUAAUGCUUUUAGUUAAUAUAUCAGAUACACAAAGCCAUCUUUGGGAGUAAAUAUACUGUUAAGACAAUUCACUAACUCCAUUUAUAUCAAUUAGAAAGGAAUUGUCCUUAACAAAGCAAUGUGCUUUCAGAAAGGAAAGAGUUAAAGAGGCAGGAUGUCCUUACCAGUUGGAGGUUGAUAGUCAUGAGUUUUAAAAUAUAUAUGUUUUGCUGAUGUUUCACUGGGAAAGUCAGGGGCUUGUAUCAGAUGUGUUCUAGCAAAAGUUUAUUUAAAUAGCAAAAGUUUAUUUAAAAGUCUAAAAGAAAACUUCACCUAGUAAAGGAAUUGGAUGCCAGUAGUUUCCAAGUUAGUAUUGUAGUUCUUAAAGGUCAUGUCCUUAGCUUAUGGCAUAAAAUCCAAAACAGAAUAGACAUUUAACAAAGCAUGGCUGGGGAGAUCAGUCAGGUGAUGCAGGGCAGUGGUGCAAGGAGCAGUGGGCUGGCCCACAGGGUCACUUAAAACAUUUGCAUGUUUUAACUCUCAGCCCUCUCUAGAGCUAAGGAGAAAGCUUACCUGUCAGCAUUUUCCAUGUUGAUGUAGAAUUGUAUUUGGAAGAUAAUGAAAAUGUGGAAGCCCAGUUUAUUUUUUGUUUGUUUUUCUGUGUUGGCUAUGAAAGAAAACACGGAUGUGGAAAACUGCAAGUGAGCCACUUAUUUACAGUCAAUAUUAUAUCAGAGUUGAAGAACAAUGUCUAAACUACUAGACCUUAUUCCCCAGGUGGGGAGUUGGAGUGCAGUGUGCUGACAUGUGUGCUUUAAUCAAGUUUAGGGAGAACAAUAGGAGGAAAAAUACUUAGUAAUUUAAGAAUCUUGUAUAGGUGGGAGGGAGUUAUUUAAGAAUUAAGUCUUCUAGUUAGUAACAAUUGAAUCUAUAAUCUAGAAGCCAUUUCCCUUCAGGUGGACCAGUUUCUCUACUGCAUGAACAGUGAACAAGCAGCAGUUUGAAGCUGCCUGUAGUGUAUAGUGAGUCCAUGGCCAACUGGACUUAAAGCCUUUUAAACCUACCUGCAGUGGUAGGUAACAUGGUACAAAAGUCUGUUCAAAAUCCUAAAUUGAACCUAUUGCCAAGCAGUCUGUGAGCAAGAGCCAUUUUUGAUUCGUAGUCUUUUCUUCCAGGAUUUGGUGGGUUGUUUUGUUGUUUUUUUGGUUUUUUUUUGGUAAUAUAAUCUGUUAAUAAUGCAGUAAUAAUAUUCAUUACUGUGUUAAUAGUCUCCUCACUCUCCACUUCUCUGCAGAGUUGCAACACAGUCUGUCAGGUGAAUUAGGGGGGUUUGUGUUCUCCUCAGCAUCAGGCACAGGACCAGCUGGUGCUGAGGGUAGAGCACUGGCUGAACUAUAAAGCUGCCAUGGCAUCUGACAGGAGAUGGUCAGCAGUGUGAGAAGGAUGCAGGAGGGUUUUACCAUGGGCAUAUAGUGACUUAAAGCUAUUUCCUGUUAAAAUGUCUCUAAUGAAUGACAUUUGUUUUAGCUAGUAGUUAUUUUGUGACAUUCAACAGGACUGCUCCAGUUCUUUUAUUUAAGAUUAUGUUAAGUUAGAAGAGCCUCAAAAAUGUCAACUUUUUAUAUUAAUUUACUUUUUUAAAAAUGAAAAUAGUUUAUUUAAAAUGUGUCUCAGAAAUUUCAGUCCCCUAAACAUUUCAUGUUUUUGAAGUAAUGAUAUAACAAUUUCAGCUUCUUUUGUAAGUAGUUGAGCGUUCAAACUGAAAUGCGUGUGUCAAAUUUCAGUCUUCAGGAAAUCCCGACUGACAAAACUCUUAAGAGCUGAAGGAAAAUAUCUGUAGUUUUGUAAUGGAAAUACCAAAUCAACCUUAACAGUUUGUGACAUGGAUAUAUUAAUAUAUCCAUGGUUUUACGAUUUAUAGGAGAUUAGAGGAAGCAUCUAUGACUACUUUGUAUUGAAAGUUUAACAAAGUGGUUUUCCUUUAUCAAAUAAACAGUUAGUUCAAAAUAUGCAUUCCUUAAAUGAUGACUUAGGAGUCAAGUUGUUACAUGAAAAUAUAUGGUGUAUACCUUGGAGAUUUAUCUUGUUUGCUCUUUUUCUCUUAGGAAGCCUGACAAAUAGAAAAAUACAACAAAGUGAAGAGAAAAUUUACUUCAUGAGAACUGAGCUCUGCUUUCAUUUGCUUUUAAAUUUAUUUGUAUUAGCAGCUGAUUAGUGUCAGAUCAUCUCUGUGGUCUGCUGUGGUGAAAUUAUUAGGUUAAGCCUGGAAAAAAUGAAACAGUUAAAAAGAAAAAGAAAAAGCAAUUUUAGUGUUCAGGAAACUCAAACUCUCCUUAAGGAAAUCAGAAAAAGGAGGGAAGUACUCUUUUCGAAGCAACUUAAUACAACGAUUAAUGAGAUGAAACGGAAGGCUUGGGAGGAAAUAGCAGAGUGUGUCAAUGCUGUAGGUGAAGGAGAGCAGAGAACAGGGACAGAAGUGAAAAGGCGAUACCUUGACUGGAGAGCACUCAUGAAGAGAAAACGUCUGAAUGCAAACAUCAAAGUAGUAGGUGCUGGGUUUCACCUUCCUUCAUCCAAUUUAGAUGACUCUCUCAAUGAAGACAUGGAUGAGAAAAUGGGAUUUGCAAUUGAAUCUAGUUUUGAGUGGCAAAAUAUCACUGACUUCAGAGAAGCCGGAGGAUCUUUAACAGAAAUCAAAGUAGAAGAGGAAGAGGAAGACGCGCAGAAUUUUGAAUUUCCUAUUGAGGAAGAAGAAGAAAUAUUGUCAUCAGUUCUACCAGAUUCAAAAAAGGAAAAUGACCUACCAGACUUCCCCCACAUUGAAGAGUUUGGAAAUCUGAGCUCUGCUCAAGCUAGGCUAGCCUAUGAAGAUUCUCACUUGCUUAUAAAUCUGGAGAAGCAAAAGGUGGAGCUGGAGAAGCAGCGACUGGACAUCGAAGCCGAAAGGUUGCAAGUGGAGAAGGAGCGCCUGCAGAUUGAGAAGGAGCGGUUACGCCAUGUUGACUUGGAGCGUGAGCGCCUGCAGAUUGAGAAGGAGCGACUUCAGAUAGAGUGGGAGAAACUCAGGCUAGAGACUCUGCAUGCUGAAAAACCUGCCCUGGAAAAUGAGCUCACCCAAACUGAAAAGCCCGUCAUGCAGCCUCUGGAUCUAGAAACUGAAAAGUUAAAACUUGAAAAAGAACGUUUGCAGUUAGAGAAAGAGAGGCUGCAGUUCCUAAAGUUUGAGUCAGAGAAGCUGCAGAUUGAGAAGGAGCGCUUGCAAGUGGAGAAGGAGCGCCUUCGAAUUCAGAGAGAGGGUCAUUUGCAGUGAACAUCUCAGCUACGGUGUCAACGUUAGUGUUUUGAUGUUUCUAAAUUAGAAGUAGUUCUUUCCUGAAAGUGUCCUAGAGGCUUAACAUUCUUCUGUUCAGAGUUGAAUGUUGAUGUUAAAUUGAAAUAAAAAUGGUGCUUAAUAUGUCAGUGUGCCUACAUAAAUGAUCUUAUGUGUGAAAUUGCUUUUCAGUGUAUCAGAACUUCAGUGUUAUGUUCUCUUGUCUUCAGUAUUGUGCUGUAUUAGUUCGGUGUCCUCCUCUCACAGGGGCCUUGAGAAGAGUCCAGGCUGAACCUUGUACUUUUUGUCACCAUACUAACAGGAAGGAAGGAUCAGAAUAAAUCAGCUUGCUGUGAGGACAUGGUGCUGGCAAUAGCCUAUAUGGUAAAGAAGUGUAAUUUCAGCAGAACACAGGAAUACAGAGUCAUUAUGAGAGCGAUUCAUUAAAUUUUAUUCCCUCCCCCCCUUUUUUUUCUACCCCCAUAAUUGGGAAAAACAGUUGAAGAGUUCUCUAGAAGUUAAAGUGCAAGUUAAAUUCGUUGCAGUUGUGGUUACUGUUGUUCCACUUCAAGCAGUACUGUUGUACUGCUUGAAGUGAAUGGGAGUGCAGAAGAUUGGUUUGAGUUUUUAUGGUGGUUUUUUUUUGGGUGACAUAUUCAUAUUGGGCAAAGUUACACAUCAGCUAUACAUACUAUGAUCUGGCCUGUUGGUUUCACCUCACCAUUAGUAAUGCUGUAUGGAGUAAAGCACCUGUGUUAGGAUAGCACAUGGAUUUACUGAUUGAUCAGGCAUGCUGUCUAAUGAGUCUGUGAUGAUCCCCUGAAGGAAAUUGCUAGACCUUGUUUGUUCUUGGAAGGCAGUAGCUGGUGAUAGGAAUCUCAGAAAUGGAGACUGAGCACAGCCUAAGAACCUCUGAGCUUGAACACUUCUGCACUCAUUGCUGGUUCUGCCUGACCAGUGCCAAAGUUACGUCUGCAGGGCAGCCAGAAGAGGCUUCUGUUGCUCUCUAUGUAAUGUGUUUUAAUUAGACAAAUAGAAAUGGUCAGUGCUGAAGGCUGUUAGUAUUUUUCAUAGGCAAUGUAGUCAUAUAACAACAACAACAACAACAAAAAAAAAAAAAGCCAAGGAAGGAAGCUUUCUAUUAUUUCAUAUAUGUUUAAAUCCCAACUGAGCCAGACUUCACUUUCUCAUCUUUCUGCAAGUGAGUGUCUUGUUAACUCCAUUGGAAAUGUAGAACUGUGGGAAUACUAAGUCUAAACAUAUGUUGAGUGACUUAGGUGAAUUUGUGUGGAAGUAAAUAAUAUUUAUACCACUACAGGUUUACUUUUAUUCUGCAAAGAUUAUUUUUUUAUUACUGAAACAAGUGUGAUUCUACAGUGGAAAUAAAUUUGACUACUACACUCCAAAA